GUGAUUUGUGGUGCAGAUAAUAUCUUAACCGGCUUCAAAUUUUAAAAUCUAGCUCGGUUAGCAUUUUAAAACUGUUUUCUGGUUUGAUUCCGUGUCUAUCUCUCGGCUCCGUUGUAUCGGAAGGUAGAUAUUAAAACUGAAAGACCACUGCCGUCGAGAGCAACUCAAAAGAUCAUCAGAACCGAUUCGAACGAUGUCGUUUGGGUCUCUCGUGCUUCCAUCUCCACCUUCCUCCUUGUCUGCAAAUGUCAAGCAUUUCAAUGGCUACGGUAGGCUUAAUCGUAAUCUCGUGCGAGCUUCUUCGUCCGAUGUUCCCGAUUUCCUCUCUGCCGAUUGGUUGGAGAGCCGUAGGAAACGACCUUUUGGCCCCAGACUUGAUUUUAGUGCAGAAGACGCUGUUCGACAUCAGCUUGAUGCAUUGAAGUAUAAUGACCAUCCUCGUGAUGAUUAUGGCAUUGAGGUCAUGUAUCGGUUUGCUGGAUUCGAUCCAUUUGAGAGAUCCACCUAUUUCGGUCCUUUCUUUGAUCUUGGACAGUUUGAAAGGUUUAGGCGUAUUUUUCAUCACUCGUCUUACCGUGUGUUGCUUGGUCACAAGGAUAGAAAACUUUUAAGCAGUUUGUUCGUGGAGGAGAAUCGUUUCAAGCAGAGGAUCUGGAUUCAGGGAAAUCGACCUGAAGAGGAAGAGAUAUUUGAAUUCACAAUGUUCCAGCGAAUAGGCGGUUCAUGGGAUGGAUAUUGGUUGACAGAAAGCUUGCUUCAUGACGGAGAUGUGUUUUCAGGAGGGAUGGCUUACUGAUUCAACGCGUUGAGCUUUAUCUCUUUUUUCGGGUUAUUGAUAUGUUCAGUCUGAUUAUAAUCGUAGUAUUGUGUGACACGUCUUGUAAGUUUAUGUUAAAUAUUAGACAUGAUUAGAUUUAGAUCAAUACAAAUAUAGUAGCUUCUUAUGAAUAAAAAAAAGUUGUAUAUCCAGCUUUUGCUUCUUAUGUUUUGUGUAUUUUUGUGUCGAUUCAUCUAUAUAUGUUCGAAACGAACACACAACAUGUAAUGUUUUUGACAAAAUUAUUUUGGUGAUUGUAAAGGCAAACGCCAUUUUGUAAAGCAUGAAAAAUGUAUUGACGCCAUUUAGUAAAGCAUGAAAAAUGUAUUGUUAUU